GAUGGGGUGGUCUGGACCUGUGACAGCCCCUGCAGUGAAGACUGUACUGGCUGCGGGGGGACCCUGCUCAUUUGAAAAUCUGACAUCAGCUGGGCAGUCGCCCCCCUCCUCCCCUCCACCCUCCACACUGACACAGCAUUUAGCACCUGAUUCUUCGUUUCUCUCCCAGGGACCCUCCAUUCCUCAGACCCAGGAAAAUGUGACGAGCUACAGGUCUCCGCUUCUAGAUCACCACUUCAUGUUCUAGCCACAAGUGACUCGAGUGGACGAUCCAGGAACGGUGAGGUACGUCAGGGAUCUGUCUAAAGAAAUGGCAGACCAAAGAGAAGGAGAAGCUGGAGCGAAAGAGUCACCCGGAGACCAGAUCAAAGGAUCGGACAAAGAGGAGGAACCCCCAGCUGCUGCAGCCCAUGGCCAGGGGUGGCGUCCAGGUGGCAGAGCUGCUAGGAACGUGAGACCUGAGCCUGGGGCCAGAGCCCCUGGACAGCCUGCCAUGGUUGGUGACCCACCAGUGCCUGCCUUGCUGUGGGCGCAGGAGGUAGGCCAUGUCCUGGCAGGCCGUGCCCGCAAGCUGCUGCUGCAGUUUGGGGUGCUCUUCUGUACCAUCCUCCUCCUGCUCUGGGUGUCUGUUUUCCUCUACGGCUCCUUCUACUAUUCCUACAUGCCGACAAUCAGCCACCUCAGUCCCGUGAAUUUCUACUACAGGACCGACUGUGACUCCUCUGCCUCUUUACUCUGCUCCUUUCCUGUUGCCAAUGUCUCGCUGGCUAAGACCGGACGUGAUCGGGUGCUGAUGUAUGGACAGCCGUACCGCGUCACCUUAGAGCUUGAGCUGCCAGAGUCGCCCGUGAAUCAAGAUCUGGGCAUGUUCUUGGUCACCAUCUCUUGCUACACCCGAGGUGGUCGAAUCAUCUCUACUGCUUCGCGUUCCGUGAUGCUGCAUUAUCGUUCAAGCCUGCUCCAGAUGCUGGACACGCUGGUCUUCUCUAGCCUCCUCCUGUUUGGCUUUGCGGAGCAGAAGCAGCUCCUGGAGGUGGAGCUGUACCCAGAGUACAGAGAGAACUCGUACGUGCCGACAACAGGAGCGAUUAUUGAGAUCCACAGCAAGCGCAUCCAGAUGUAUGCAGCCUACCUGCGCAUCCACGCCCACUUCACUGGGCUCAGGUACCUGCUGUACAACUUCCCAAUGACCUGCGCCUUCGUGGGUGUUGCCAGCAACUUCACCUUCCUCAGCGUCAUUGUGCUCUUCAGCUACAUGCAGUGGGUGUGGGGCGGCAUCUGGCCUCGCCACCGCUUCUCCUUGCAGGUAAAUAUCCGGAGAAGAGACAGAAGGGAAGGUCAGCGAAGGAUCCCUGCCCCUCCACCAGACAUAGGACCCCAAGGCCAGGAAGAGCCAAACCAGCUGCCUGACAUUGCGGAGGACGGUGAGAACCCUGAUGACCCCUCCGGGGCAGAGGGGCAGCUGUCUGAGGAGGAGAAACCCGAUCAACAGCCCCCCGUGAAUGGUGAGGACGAGCCCCUGAAUGCCGAGCCCCUGAAUGGCGAGGACGAGCUUGAGCCAGAGGCCAGUGACGGCUCGGGCUCCUGGGAGGAUGCCGCUCUGCUGACAGAGGCCAACUUGUCUGCUGCCGCAGCUGCCGCCGCCCCUGCCCCUGCCCCCGGCCCUGCCCCAGCAGCUGCCCCUGCCCUGGCCCCGGAGACGCUGGGCAGCUCCGAGCCUGCGGGGGGCCAUCUCCGCCAGCGCUCCACCUGCUCCAGUUCCUAAAGAGAACGGGCAGAGCCCCCACAUUCCAGCCCUUUCCCACCUGCUCCCUCUCCAUCCCCUUCUCCCCAAUAAACUAUUUUCGUGCCAGCUG